AUGAGAAGAGCAAAUCAAGCUUCUGCAUUGCAAAAAUCAGAUGGUUUACCUAUUUUAACUCAAGCUGGUAUCUCCUUUGAAAUUUCUAAUCAUUUUGAUGCUAUUAUAGGGAUUAGUAAUAUUAAAACAGGAGAUUGUCUACAACAUAAUCUUAUUCGUGCAGGACUUUCUGCUUUAAGGCCUAUUGAUUUACCGAUAGUAGUAAAAGACGUCAAAAAUGGGAUAAAAUUGCUGAUUGUUAUACUCUUGAUGCAUCUUCAGCAAUUGAAACAUAUAUUUAAGCUGGAUAUCAGAGACGCUUAUCAGCUAAAUACUUUCCAAAAAUUCUCUGCAGUCUUGUUUCAAGCGGUUGAAGAAAAUAUCAAAGGCUUUGAUGCAGAAUUAAUAGCCAAUGCACCUGAUAUCACUCCAGAUGAUGCUGAAAUUUUUAAACAAAUUUUCACACGCUCAUUCAAUGAUAAUAUGAUAUUAUAA